AUGCCCCUCCACGCCAAGUUCUUAAAGGAACUCAUGACAAGAAAAAGAAACUGGGGAGAAAAGGAGACUGUAGUCCUAACUGAGGAGUGUAGUGCCAUCAUACAAAAGAAACUCCCCCAGAAAAUGAAAGACCUAGGGAGUUUCCAAAUCCGCUGCAUCGUAGGGGAUAUCAAUAUUGAGAAGGCCUUAUGCGACUUGGAGGCUAGCAUCAAUCUCAUGUCCUUGAACAUGAUUAGAAGGAUGAGAAUUGAGGAAGCCAAACCAACAAGAAUGGCACUCCAACUAGCUAAUAGAACAUUCAAGUUUCCACAUGGAGUAGUGGAAGAUUUAUUGGUGAAAGUGGGAGAAUUCAUUUUCCCAGCUGACUUUGUUAUGUUGGAUAUAGAAGAAGAGGCUAACACUUUAAUUAUCCUAGGAAGGCCAUUCCUAGUUACUGCUGGAGCCAUCAUUGAUGUGCAAAAAGGGGAACUAGUCUUGAGAUUACUUAAGGAAAAGAUGAUCUUCAAUUUCUUCAAAGCAAUGAGUUACCCCAAGGAAUCAAUAGGAGAAUGCAUGGUGGUGGACACCAUAGAACAGAUAGUUCAAGGAAUUUUGAAAGAAGAGCAAUGUGAAAGAACUAUGGAAUUAGAGCAACAAACGCCACAUGGAGAACUACCACAAGGAACCAUGGGAAGUUCAAUCAUGACAAACCCCAAAAACAACAAUGGAGAAGAGGCACCAAAACUAGAGCUGAAAACCUUAUCUUCAAGCUUGAAAUAUGCAUAUCUGGGUGACAACAGCACCUACCUAGUGAUUAUCAACUCAAGCUUGAGUAAAGAGCAAGAAGAGAAACUCAUCCAAGUACUGAAAUAA